AUGCCGCCAGGGUCAGCCGAAAAGAAGGCAGAGAAGUCGUAUCUCGCCUCAGCUGUCGACUCGAUCAACCCCUGGGCCGGAAGUCGCAGUGCAACCCCAACACCAAAAGACCCUCAACCGGCAGCGGUCCCCUCAAAUCCCGGGGACCAUGUAACGAACCCGUUCUACGGCCAAAGCUUGGGGCGGUAUCCGUCAGACUGUCCAUCGUUGAAAGUGAAAUGGUUCCAUGCCGUUGAUAUCCCGAAGCGCAAGCCAAAAUUCAUGUCGGCUAAGAACACCGAGGACCCCAAACCCACUCUACCCAAGAAGUUCGUCCCGUUUUCUGUCGAAGAUUCCCGCGCCAUCGAGAUUGCAUACCAGGGGAAGUUGCAGGACAUAGAACGAGAAAGGGAGCAAAAUAAUGGGCCUAAUGGUCCAGGAGCUGGGGCCAAACGGCCUCGCUCAGCUUCCACGGAAGGAAUGCAUGACGCCGACUCAACGGCUUCCCAAACCACCGUUCCAGUGAACGAGGAUUUUCUGUUCGAUGUUAAUCUGGAGGAACGCGAACUUGCUCCCGUUUACUGGGAGGGUCCUGUGUACCAUGUCCGACGCGGAAGCUGGUUUUACCAAGAGGGCUCAGCCCUCCGCCCCUGUGAAGAAAACCUGGCUGCCCAGUUGGAGGAGGGCUAUCUCAAAACCAAACCAUGGCAGCAUCUACCGAGGAGACGGAGCGACUCCGCAUCCAAAACCGUUGCUGCGAAAACUUCGGCGGGUAACUUGAAUGCUAUUGACGACGCUGAAAAGGGUGUCCCUAAGAAGGAGCCUACUCAGCAGCAGCAACCACAAACUUACCGCCUCUUUGGAGGCUACAUGAACAGCGGUGGCUACAUGGGCGGUGUCAAGCUUGUCCGUGGAUACACCGAGCCGAAAAGUUCCAAGGAAGAAAAACGACCAUCGACUCCAGAAGGUACAAAGGCGACGUCUAAAGAGCGUGACGACAAAACGUCCAGAGCGUUGAAGAGGCGGUCCGCACCCCCUUCCAGCACAGUAUCGGAGGCGGGCGAUCCAAAAGAGGACGUUCAUGACGAUCUCCAGAGCACCCGAAACCGUCUGACACGACAGCUUUCGAACUUGAUAGAGAGAGCCGAGGACCCUGAAGCGGAGGAAGAGGCAAUCCGUGAGCGCGAAGAAGAAGAGAUUUCGGGAGACUACAACACCAGAGUCGACGACAACCAAGGGCGAGACAUUGAACACCUUGUGCUUGUUACUCACGGCAUUGGGCAACUGCUUUCGCGCAGGAUGGAGAGUAUAAAUUUUGUGCAUGAUGUCAACAUGUUCCGCAAGACCAUGAAAUCGGUCUACUCGGCUUCGGCAGACUUACGGGCAUUGAACUCGGAGAUCAACGAACCUGGACUUGGGAACUCCCGCGUCCAGGUUUUACCUGUCAACUGGCGUCAUCUUCUCGACUUUCCAAAGCGCAAGCCGAAACGGGGGGAGCGGGAUCUGGGGGAAUUACACGAUGAAGAAGACGACUAUCCUUCCCUAGAAGAUAUCACGAUCGAGGGAGUCGCAUUUGCAAGAUCACUCAUAUCGGAUCUCGCCUUAGACGUGCUCCUCUACCAGAGUGCUUACCGGGAGCAGAUUGUCGAGAUCGUGCUACGAGAGUCAAACCGUAUCUACAAGAUCUUCAAGGAACGCAACCCGGAGUUCAACGGAAAAGUCCACAUCGUGGGCCACUCGCUAGGCUCUGCAAUCAUGUUCGACAUCCUCUGCCGGCAGAAGGAGAAGUCCCCGGCCACGGGGUCGCCAAGGAACCCUCUUCGGUUCUGGCCUGCCUCUCCAGAUCAAUACGAGUCAAAGGAGCAGAAGGAGCUGGCUUUUGAGUUUGAAGUAGACGACUUCUACUGUCUGGGUUCUCCCAUCGGGUUAUUUCAGAUGCUCAAAGGCCGUACCAUCUCCGCCCGGGAUCUGCCUAACGCCCUCCCAUCGGAGAGUCCCCUCAACCCAGACUACAUGGACGACCCUUUCCUAGACCUCCCUUCCCAAGCGUACGCCAACCAACGACUCUCGCCCAUCACCGGCCUGCCCUUCAACGUAUCGUCCCCCAAAGUCGGCCAGCUCUUCAAUGUCUUUCAUCCUUCUGACCCGAUAUCGUACCGCCUCGAACCCCUUAUCUCUCCUAUCAUGACAACGCUCAAACCCCAGGCCUUACCGUACACGAAGAAGUGGAUCUUUGGGUCCGUCGCACCUCAGGGCCUGACCGGCAUUGGGGCCAAAGUAGGCCAGAGCGUUUCCGGCCUCUGGAGCAGCCUCAGCGCGGGAAUUGCCAGCAACCUACUCAACCGCAGCCUCGGUCUCAGCAACGAGGACGUGGCCAGGAUCACGGCGUCUCAACAGCAGCAGCAGCAACAGCAGCAACACCCGUCAAGCCCUGGCGCAGGGACGAACAUAUCUGCGGGGGUGAUCGCGGACGGUACCGCCCUCUCUGAAGCAGAGCGCAGCGAAAAGACGGCGGAGCGUAUGCGCAAGUUAGCCACUGGCGCAGCAAAUGGUGGCGGCGCGGGCGCGCUGAUUGACGACGAAUUGGAAACGCUAUUUAGUACAUUCCAAAAAAGCCGCGCUGAUAUGGCAAGCAACAAAGAUGGUAGUAAAGAGUCAGAGAAGGGCGCUGCUACUGUGGCGGAAUCCUUAACGCUCAACCGAGAGAAGUGGAUGGAAGAGGAGCGUAAAGCGCAGAGGAUGAGGAGGGAGGAGACGAAGAUCAGGGCGCUGAACCGGAACGGGAGGGUGGAUUAUUGCAUCCAAGAGAGUGUGCUCGACUUCAACCCGAUCAACACGAUCGCUUCACACAUGAGCUAUUGGGCGGAUGAGGAUGUCAGUCAUUUCAUGCUGUCGCAGAUGUUGGCAAGCAAGGCGCAGAACUCGAGGGGUUGA